ACAACAACAACAACAACAGCAACAACAACAACAACAACAACAGCAACAACAACAACAACAGCAACAACAACAACAACAGCAACAACCAUCAACAGCAACAACAACAACAACUACUCAAGUACAAUCACAGCCAUCUCAGUAUCAACAAACUCAAUUACCAAUGGUAUCACCUCCUAACUCAGAUACUAGUUCACCUCCUGACUUUAUGGAAUCAGUACUGGACUUCAAUCUUUUCAAUCAUACAAACAACAACACUUACCUGUCUUAUACAAUGAUACCCGACUUUGAUCUCUCGCGUGUUCUUGGUGAUAAAUUGGCAAAUCCACCAUCUUCAAACAAUUUCGAAGAUCACAAGGAAUUGAUGACAACAUGUCCUUUAAUGGCACCAGCUCUAGCAUCCAUAGUCAUUCGACAUACUUUUACUUUACACUAUAUGGCCUAUCUAGCGAAAAUAUUCCCUUCCAAUGCAACGAAACCAAAGAACGAAGUAUUGGAUAUCAUGCAUCCUGAUGAUUGGAUCUUAGCGGCCUCAUCGAAUACAACAAAGAUUCAAUAUGGUGAUGAUGAUCCGAACGAUAAUCACGAUCACAACAAAAUCGUUUCAACUCAUAUUGUGGAAAAGAAAAUGGAUUCAACUUUCGACAAUGAUUCAACAACUGAAAAGGAUUCAACAACCGAAGAGGAUGAUUUAAAGAAUUUGGAAAGGAAGAUCUUAUUAGAACAUUACCCUUAUUAUGCAUUUAUGAGACUCCGUGGAUUCUCACAUGAUAAAAUUAUUCAACGAUGCAAAGCAUGUCUGGAACAUCAAAUGGCAGAUCAACGUCAACGUCGAAGAAAAGAAGCGUCUACUUGUCACAAUCUCCGAGUGGUUCGUGGUUUUGCCUCUGUUGCCACUACUCUUCUCCGAAAUCCUAGCAAAACGCCUCUUAUUACUGGUGUGAUGGCCAAUUCCAAAUCUUGUCAAGUGAAUUAUAAAAAUAACAAAACCAAGUCUUCUUUAUUGAUGGCAGCUCCUUUCCGAUCAGCUCUUCGUAUUGGCGGAAAACAAUAGAUUUGAUUUGAAUAGUUUAAGUAUAUCUCUCUCUUUUUUUUUUUUGUCUUUACCCUCAUUGAAAUAAAAAGUGAAACUUUAUAUACUUUUUUGACAUAUUCAAACACCGGUGGAAGUUUUUUUUUCUUUUUUCAUGCUCACAAUAAAAAAA